GAUCGAGUGAGGCUUGAAAGCCGUGCGUGCAUGGGUGCCUGUUCUGUGGUUGCCAGUAGUUGGGUUUCCACGAUCCCACCUCAGCCGAGUUAUUAUUAGCAACAGCUCCAUUGGCCUCCUGUGGCCUCCCUCCUGUGGCCUCCGCUGAGACACACAUCGAUUGGAUUUCGAGUCAUUCUACACCCGUCUGCGGUUCGGGUUGGACCCCAUCGGAUUGGGGUUUAUCUUGGGACUUGACCAUGUCUCAAGCGAGCGAUUUGGCCGGUGGCGGCGGCCUCCUGUGCUACAAUCGAGGCUGUGGCCAGACCUUUGAUCCCCAAAACAACCCCGACGAGGGUUGCCGGUAUCAUCCGGGCGCUCCUUUCUUUCACGAUGCUUACAAAGGCUGGACUUGUUGCGAUAAAAAAGCCACGGACUUCACUGAAUUUCUCAACUUCCCGGGAUGCACCCAAGGACAGCAUUCUCGUGUCAAGCCCGAAGAACCCGCCAAUAUCACGGGUGACGUGAACAAUCCAUUAAAUAAGUCGGAUGAGCCCGUGUUAGCCCAUCCGCCGCCAAUAGUCCAACGGAUGGCCCGACCCAAAGCGGGUGAACUUUCCUCUAGUAUCCGCCUAAAACCCACGUCGAUCGCACCUGGGCUUUUAACGGUCACCUCAACGGCUAAUGAUAAGCCCGGGGCCAAGUCAAGUGCGGAUACUCCCAUCGCCGUGGGCGAGGCGUGCAAAAACGGAGGUUGCCAAAAACGAUAUACGGAUGGACCGGAAGACUUGGAAACCUGCCAAUAUCACCCGGGUAGUCCCAUCUUCCACGAGGGACUGAAGUUUUGGUCAUGUUGCCAACGUCGAACUUCGGACUUCACGGCCUUUCUCAAUCAAGUUGGAUGCGAGUCCGGCCAGCAUUGUUGGCGAAAACCGACGGUCGGCUCGGAGGCCUCGGUCGAUUGUCGUUUUGAUUGGCACCAAACCGCGACCAAAGUGACUGUUGCUAUCUAUGCGAAGAAGUACGACCCUCGGAUUUCUUUCGUUGAAGUAGGUCCGAUUCACUUGCGAGCGCAUGUCUUCUUCCCUGCGGAGGACGCGGCCUUCGAUCUCGACGUUGAAUUGCAUGGGAUUGUCGAUGUGGAGCAGAGCUGUUACAGCAUGAUGGGAACGAAAAUUGAAAUUCAUUUGGUGAAGGCUGAACCGGGCUCUUGGACCAACCUCGAUAUCCCAAAACGAAGCGACCCCUUGGCCCUUGCCAAUAUAAGUGAUGAACCAACGCUUGAGUCGAAUAUGGAGCAAGUGGACGCUCUCGAUCUCGACGAUUUGGACCUGACACCCAAUGCUCUCAAGCUAUCCACAGAAGCUUCCAAUGGUCGAAUUCGGAACGAUAUCGUCUAGCACAUUGUGUGUGUCUCUGCGUGUGAAUGCGCAAUCAUUAUUUUUCGGUCAUACCAAAUAAACCCGAUUUUGUCAACAAA